AUGGCCCGCGAUAUCGUCAAGGCCGUCACCGAGGUCGCCCUGAACGAGGGCCGGAAGCCCAACCUGCGCGCCCUCGCCAUCUCCGUCUUCCGCUCGUGCUUCGACCUGAUGGACAUUGUCAAGGAGGAUCACAUGAAGGAAGUCAAGGCCUUCGCCGAGGAGGCCCUCAAGGACUGGUACCCCUUCUUCGCCCAGGUCCUCAAGACCCGUCUGCCCGAAGCCCCCGCCGAGCUCGCCACCGGCCAGCCCGAGAGCUGGAACCACCUCAUCGCCAUGAAGCUCCAGGUCGUCAAGACUCUGCUCAAGGUUAAGUCCGUCUUCCCCCACCUGCUGCUACCGCACAGCACAAGCCUCUUCACCGCCGUCUGGGAGGAGCUCUCUCUGCUGCAGCAGCCUCACGAGGACCUCUACAUCGGCCACGAGGCCCAGGGCCGUCUCGAGGACGCCGACAACCUGCCCUACACCCUGGAUUUCUUGAUCCUCGAGGAGCUCGACUUUUUGAACCAGUGCUUCCGCGCACCCCCCGUCCAGGCCGAGCUCGAGGCUCAGCUUGCUGCCCACGCCUCAGCGCAGGAGACACCUUGGAUGGUCGAGGUUAUGAAGAUGGUGGUCGGAUACUCCCGCAUCAGCCGCGAGGAGGAGGAGCUGUGGGAUAUUGACUGCUCCCUGUACCUUGCCGAAGAGACCUCCGUGACUGCUAACUACACCGCCCGUACCGCCUCCGGCGAUUUGCUGAUCAAGCUUGGCGAGUGGUAUAGCGAGAAGGCCGUCGAGGGUCUUUUUGGCUACACCAAAACGCUGUUCCCCGGCGACGGAUCCACGUGGAGAAGUCAGGAGGCUUCCCUUUACCUGUUCAACAUGCUCCUGAGCGACUUCCAGGACAUGGAGAAGCCCAUCCCCGAUACCGUUUCCGAGGCCUACCUGGGUCUUGUCGACUUCGCCGUCAACCAGUCUGAACAGCCCCUACUGAGAGCCCGCGGAUACCUUGUUGGAGGCACCCUUGCACGCGGCUUUGCGACGCCCCCUGCUCUUCUUGACCGCAUCAUCCAGUGCAUCACUUCCGAGGAGUCUGAGGUGGUCCAGGUUGCCUGCAUCAAGGCCGUCGAGGGCUUCGUCCGCUCUGGCAGAGUGGCUGCCGACCGCCAGGUCCCCAUCAUCAACGCUAUUGCCCAGUACAUGCAGAACAAGGAUCCCGAGGAGAUGGAGGAUGCCGAUGAGCUGCUCGUCACCCUCGCCGAGUCCCUCCGCGCUGCCAUUGACAUUGACACCAGAAUCGCUCUGUCUCAGGACGUUCCGUCUGUCGAUCUGCUCUUCAUGGUCGCCAAGCUUGGCGCCUCCAACUUCCAGGCCACCAUGCUUAUUUGCGAGGCCUUUGAGGAGAUUGUCCGUACUCUCUCUGACACGGCCUCCUACACCGCGCUGUGUGCCAAGAUUCUGCCCACCUUGACCGCGGCCUUCAACACUGCCAACGUUACCCAGGACGACCCUCUCAUCACGGUUGCCACCGAGUUGCUUACCGCACUGGUUGAGCACGGCUCCGAGCCCCUUCCCGCCGGCUUCGUCGCCGCCACCCUCCCCAAGCUCAACCGUCUCCUCAUGGAGUCGAACGAGGGAGAGGUCCUGCGCCCUGGUGCCGAGUCUGUCAAGUACCUGCUGAUGCACGACCACCACCAGGUCUUUGGCUGGCACGACGAGAACGGCCGCUCUGGUCUGGAGGUCUGCCUUCACAUCAUCGACCGCCUGCUGGGACCUUCCAUUGAAGACAACUCAGCUUCUGAGGUCGGUGGCCUCGCCGCAGAGCUCGUCGAGAAGGCGGGCCAGGAGCGUCUGGGCCCCUUCCUUCCUCAGCUCCUGCAGGCCGUUGCCACCAGACUGGCUUCUGCCGAAGCUGCUCCUUUUAUCCAGUCUUUGAUUCUCGUUUUUGCGCGUUUGUCUCUUGUAGGCGCCCACGACGUCGUCGAGUUCCUCAGCCAGAUCCAGAUCCACGGCAACACGGGUCUCCAGGUCGUGCUGAGCAAGUGGCUCGAGAACUCUGUCAACUUUGCCGGAUACGAUGAGAUUCGCCAGAACGUUAUCGCCCUGUCCAAGCUCUACUCCCUCAAUGACCCUCGUCUCGCCCAGACCAUGGUCAAGGGUGACCUUAUCAUGAACAACAACAGCGACGGCAGAAUCAUGACGCGCUCACGUGCCAAAGCUAACCCCGACCAAUACACCGUCAUCCCUGCCUCCCUCAAGAUCCUCAAGGUUCUUAUCGAGGAGCUCCUCUCCGCGUCAGGCGCCAACGCUGCUGCUAACGCCGCGGCAGUUGCGGCCGCUGCGGAGUAUGCCGACGAGGAGAACGACGACGACGGCUGGGAGGACGACCCAGACACGCUGGACCUCAGCCUGGGAGGCACCAAGGCCGACCUCAUGUCAUUCAUUGAGGGUUCCGGAGCGCGCCAGCGGGACGACGAGACGCAGGCGUACCUUACCGAGUUCUUCAUGCGGGCGGCGCGCGAGAACGUGGCCAACUUCCAGGAGUGGUACGGCAUGCUGACCGAGGAGGAGCGUGGGAAGCUGAACGAGCUGGCCAACGCUGCGGGUCAGUAG